UGUUCGCGAGAGCGGGAAAAUUAUUAACAUAGUUAAACAUCGACAGAAGCAGAUAUAAGGAAAAGAAACGUCCGUUUAUGUUAUUGUCGUUUAUAAAUUGCGAUGUCAAUUUGUUAAGUUGAGAUGAGUGAGAAACUGAAUAGUUUGAUCAUCCAAAAAGAUCAAGCACAACUGCAAGAAUUCGUGCGGGAAACCUCAACUGAGGAGCUCACGAAGAUAAUAUCAAACGAAAUUUGCAAUGCAGACAUUUCCAAGAUACUGGACGAGGUCCUGCAAGUGUGUUCUGAGUCGGAGAGUUUAUAUGCCAAGAGAGUCAAAUUAGUGGAGUCCGCUCUGAAAGCUUUAGGCAAAGCCAAAGUUACAAUUAAUCAUGCAAGCGAGAUUGUGAAUCGGAUAGUGUUAGACUUUCCUAAAUAUCCAAAGCUACAUUUGAUCAAAUUGGUCGACUUCUGUCUUACUAGUAUUCGCAACAAUGACGACGAAUUUAGAAGUUGGAAAGACUUAUUACCUGUCUUGUUGGAAGUAUUGGAGGAAGAAAAGUAUAUUACUUAUAUGAAUGGCGAGGUUACUGGUUCCAAAUACAAGUCUAUCAUCAUUAAUAAUCUAUGCAAUAGUGAAUGGGACACACAGAUAAUGCCAUCGUUGGCGAGAAUGUUUAGAGAUAUAUCAUUGGAAAAGGAGGAUCAUGCUAUGGUAAUUACAGUAUUCUGCACAAAAUUGCAAGAUAUACCUCUUGAUGAAGUACCUCCUUUUGUGCAUCAGUCACUGAGAUUGUGUACUAAUCAGGAUAAUAAAUAUCUCUUGGAAGCCUUACGGAAGUAUUUCACACUACGCUUCUCGCAAACUGACAGUACUGACACUUUUGAAUCUAUAGAUGUGAUAAAUCCCAAGGAAGUUCGAGACGUUGAAAGUACAGUAUUAUAUCAUAUAUCUCAAUCGGCCGAAUUGAAUCACCAACAUAUAAGAGACUACAUCAAAUAUUUUAAAAGUAUAUCGCACAUUCCUGAAGCUGUAUUAGAACCUUUUAUGCUUUCUGUACUGCUCACAGUUGCUUCUAUUGAUGAAAAUCAGAUUUUCGAAAUGCUGCGAACGAUUAUUAAUAAACGAAACGAAAAUGAUAUUAAACAGAAACAUAGCGCAUGGUUAAGAAAAUUAAUUCCCGAUUCUUGUAGCAUAAUAAAUGUAAUGGAAAACGUCAUCGAGGCGAGUAACAGAGAUCGUCACUUAGUAUUGAAAGGACUCGUAGAUCUCGCAUUUGUUCUUAUGGCUGUAGAGAAUAAAACAAAAACGGAUGUGCAUCCUUUAUGGCAAAUCGGUACAAAGAUACUUCAAAAGAUCAUGAGAAAGCAUCACGAAACAGUUGCAACUAUAUUUCAAAUGUUGAUUGAUAAGAUAAUCGCGAGUAGAUCAUCUAUUUCUCAAUAUACUGAUUGUUUGACAUAUAUGUGCCGUAAGUUAACCAUUCUAGUGUUGGACCAUCAAGAUUCUAUAAUAAUGCUUUUCGAUCAGAUCUCAUCUAUACCCGGAGAGAUUGCCAUUUUUAUUGUUUCCGCGAUAUUUCCAUUGGUACAAGUCUCAGUCAGUAUAAGAGAACAUUUGGUCUUGACAUUGAGACAGGCUCUCUAUAGAAAGGGUACUUUUAAUCGACAAAUGGCGGUCAGUGGGAUUUUGGAAAUGUUGAGGAAUCUGAAAAUACAUUCUAUGAGUAGCCUCGCGAUGAGUUCGAGUCAGUACGCCAAUUCGUCGUUGACUGGCACAAGUUCUACAUCCAUUUUGACUCAGGUGACAUUAGAGAGAGGUACUCAAGCAAGAGGACUUACUUCAAGAUAUAAUAGAACUUUAUGUUACGAUAUUUUGGGCAUUUUAAGAAGGUGUUUUACUCACGAGUGCGAAGUUCGAUUAUACUUAUACAAUGGUUUAUAUGAAGCCGUAUUGAAAAAUAUCGAGAUAGCGGAAUACGUAUUAGAAAUGUUGUUGCCACACUUCAAAACUUUUUUUGAGACAGAUGAGAACGUCGUGGUGCCAGUUAAACUGGAAUUAUGUACAGUUAUACAAGGGGACCAAGUUGUAUUGCAGGAACCUCUGGCAGAACUGAUAUUCGUACUACAAAAGAUUUACAUCAAAUCGGCUCUAAUAAAAUCAUCUUUUGUAGAUGAAUUGGCUAUUAUCUUGGAAUCUCUCUGCAGACGGAUGCCGCGGCUCGAGACAGAACAUCUAAGUCUUGAUGACAAGCUUGAUUUAAGCAACACUAGCACCAAAGCUCAAGAAAAAUUGCAGAUUGUUCUGUUAACGAUUAAAAUUUACGAGGCUCUCAUAUCCUUUAGAAUCGGCGCCUGGUCUAUAAAUUGUACAGAUACCGCACAAAAUAUUAAAAAUCUGUUCAAAGGAUAUACGAGAUUAGUUGAAUUUACUAAGCAUAUACCAAAGGUUAAAAAGGGAGAAGGAAAAAAUAAAAGGACACAAAAUGACUUAAAUAAUACAAGUGUAAAGAAAGCUGGCCGACCAGGUAGCAUAAAAUUACCGCCCAGUAUCAUAGAUUUGUUUAUAGUGCACAAAAGUCUGUCGCUCUUCUAUUUGAAAUCUGUUCCCUGGGCAUCUGAGGACCAAGUAACUGUGUUAAUAGAUAACCAUGAUUUUUAUCAUUACAUUCUGCGAACAUUAUUGCAAAUUUUGCAAAAUAUUAAACUAUUAACGGAGUACAAUUUGCGGAAGCAUAAAGAACAGUAUAUGAAGACCUACUUCGAAAUUGGAAAAUUAUUAUACAAUCACAUUAUACUGGAUUUGAACAAAGUUCUCGAUACAGACGAACAAGGGACUAUAUUAGCAUUAGAAUGUUUCAAAGAAUUAUGUUGUUUAAUUUGCACCUACUUCUCUUCUGAAUUGUCGCAGUUUCUUAAUGUUAUUAUUCCUAAUGAAUCAACUCAAGCAGAAAAUCGUAACUCACAAUUGGAGAACAUAAUUGCUACUGUACGUACAAGUUUCAGGACGUUCUUUACUGAGAAGGAGGAACAUGAGGAGAAUUCUAAACAAAUACUUGGUAUAUUAUUAGAUAUUAUAUACCAACUGAUGCAACAGAUACAUUUUUAUGAAACAAAUGGCGAUAAAGUAUUUGAAUCGAUGAUGAAAUUCACACAAUUGGAAGAUAUGAAUCCUCAAGCUUCUUUAACUAUUUUCCAAAUUCUGUUAUUUAUAGAAGAGCGAAAUAGAGUAUUAGAUACUUUUUUCGUCGAAAUCGUUCUUACGACUGAGGUAUCGGAAAAUAACAAAUUCAAAAUUAUCCACGAAGAGACGGCGGAUAAACUUUACAAUUUAAUAAAUAAUUCGGUAAAAGAGAAAUUGGACAAUGUAUCUUGGUUGUUAGUGCGUCUUAAAGCCGAGCAAAAUAUUGUUUGUCCGCCUGGCACAGAUAUCGAAGAAUAUCAGGAAAAAGUGAGAACAAAAGAACGCAGUUUGUGCAGACAGCUGUCGCACAUUAUACAAAUACUUUAUACAAUAGCUAACGUUGCUAUUAAACCAGGAGCAUCCACAGAUAUUAUGUUCAAAAAUUUACAAAUCGUGUACAAUCUACUUAGUAAUCUUACAAAAUAUUUCUACGGAAAAUCCAGUAAACAAAAUGCAGCAUUUCAAUCAGUGAAAUUUAUUCAAGUGAUUCAAUCAGCUGGGAAACCAUUAAAAUCUGGAUUUUAUAAUUUAAUAACCUAUAUUGAGGGAAAUCAAAAUGCAAAAAAAUCGAAAGCUGAUUCACACUUGCAAAGAAACAAGAUUUUGAAAGAGACUCGAAUUAUACCCCGUGUGAUAUGUGAAAUAGAACAAUUUCAUAAGGAGGUUUUAUCGCUUGAUAAGAAGACCGGUGUUCCACUUGAGAUUUACAUAAAGCACAGCAUAACGCGCGAUUUCCGUAUAAAAAGCACACAGUUAACAGAAGCACUGGACAAACUGAAUAUAAGUAUGCUGGAUACACAGAAUUCUCGUUGCAAUAACGACGCAUCUAAUGCAGAUAUAAAUGACGUAUCUAUUGAAUCACUUACUGAAACACCAUCUUCAAAACGAUCUAGGCAAAACAAUGCAUCCUCAAAAUCGCCGGAAUUCCCGCCUUCAAAACGCUCAAGAAGAUCAUCAGAAUCUUAAACUUAAAACUAUAAGUGCCUUAUCUUAAGAUUAAUAAUAUAAUCUUU